AUGCUCCCAUCAGAUGACAUUCCAACUUUACGACGGUUUCCAGAAGUUUGGAUCAACAUUAUAAACUACGUCCGCCACGGAGGCACGGCCAUUGCGAUGGGCCACUUCAGUAGCUUCGUUCGACCUAACGACAUCGCUGCGUUCUUCGAGAAAGCCGACUUGCGCUGGACUCAAGGGAUCUACCAACGCUUGAAUGUAGCCCUUCACACCGGGCACAACGCGGCAGGCUUGAGCCUGGCCGCCCUCCCUGGGCAAUACAGCCAGAAGUCCCAGUUUUUACAAGGCGUUCAGCCUGAGGCGGCUCUUUAUACCGCAGAUGGAAUUCUUAGUGAGACGGCAAUUGCCUUGGCCACAGUUGGGGCGGGCAGAAUUGGUUACGUCGGGGACGUCAACGCUGAAGAUGAAACUACCAAAGUCAUUCUUGCCAUCUGUGGCCUUCUCAACUAG